GAAGGUGGCAGACAGAACGAGUCCUCAGCGAAGAGUUGCAGAUCUCUACACUUGAAGAUCUCUGUUUAAUCCUCAAUCARGAUGCCCGUGCAGUUCUCUGGCUGGGAGGUGGUCGAUGACGGUGCUUCCUUUCCUGGUGUGCUGCUGAAUGCAGGUCAGAGCCCUCAGGACCAGGGCGUUUACACUAUGUACCACGGGACCAGCGUUGCCAMUGCAAGGCUCAUCAUUGCCAAUGGUUUCAGACGGUCGCUUACUGGCAUGCUGGGAGAGGYCGUGUAUGUCAGCCGUAGUAUGUUAAAGGCAUCCAGUUAUCCUAAGUAUAGCAASAAAUCAGASCGUGUGGUCCUUGAGGUUCGUGUGCGCGUUGYCCGUMUCAAGCGCAUUGAUAAGGACGACCACCCUCUGCYGUAUACCUGGAGCACAAYUGGCUACAACACCGCCUGGGUACCCCCUAAUUGUGGCAUGCAGUCUGUGCCCAGCGGACUAGAGGAYGWUUGCGUGUAUGACCCCAAUAGAGUGAAGGUGGUGUGCAUCGCAAAGGCCCCGAGCGCCGCCAUCGAGAGGGAGCUUCAACAGCUCGUGGCGAGAUCCACUAGCGGAGGUGGCGGCAGUGCUCCGGACGGGUGCCCACUGUGUAAGAGGAUGACCCAGCAGGGAUCUCCACACAUCAAGCAGCAGUGCUGGAAGUGUGGGGAAAAAAUCUGCAUUCUCAUGUCCAAGCAUUUCUGUCCAUCUUAAAGGUCCAGUGUGUAAGAUUUAGGUGAAAAUAAACUAUUG